CAGCUCUGUCAGGGAUGCUUCGCAGAUUGGCAAUUCCAGCUGGGAUUGUAUUGUAUGUCCAUCAGAAGGAUGCGCCAACCACUUAUCUCACGAAUAGAUGAAGAAAUACGCUCCAGAAGAAGUCUACAACAGGCAAGCCUCACCGAAUCCUACCGAUCUCGCUCUAAUUCAAGAGUAAAUGUUCCGGUACUGCCUCCGCUCCGGUUGUGAGUCAGGCCAGAUCUACGACAGUGGCGUUGAGGGCAACAUCUCCCGUUCGAAUGCGUGCGACUUUCUCACCUUCACUAUACACGACGAAGCGUUCCACGCUGGCGAGACGUGCGAAGAUCACGACAAACGCAAAACAAGCCAGCGCAAUGUAGAAGAUGAUGCGAGCGCCGAAGUAAACAAGAGCACGACGAAGAAGUGUCCGGAAACGACCUGUGGGGUGAACAUCGAGAAGAACGACGGCUGCGAUCACAUGACGUAGGCCGCAAGCUCCACUUCUGCUGGCAAUACGUUGCUCCUUGUUUCGGACCGAGGGGUAUAUUUACAAGCACAUGAGCCCAACUGCAUGCACUGGAG